GAGAGCCAAAAGGCCCAUAAGGCAACAGCAAACAGGGAAAAAACCAACUGCUCCAAAAGAAUGUGUUUUUCUCCCAUUCUGGAAAUCAACAUGCAGUCUGAAUCUAACAUUACAGUGCGAGAUGACAUUGAUGACAUCAACACCAAUAUGUACCAACCACUAUCAUAUCCAUUAAGCUUUCAAGUGUCUCUCACCGGAUUUCUUAUGUUAGAAAUUGUAUUGGGACUUGGCAGCAACCUCACCGUACUGGUACUUUACUGCAUGAAAUCCAACUUAAUCAACUCUGUCAGUAACAUUAUUACGAUGAAUCUUCAUGUACUUGAUGUAAUCAUUUGUGUGGGAUGUAUUCCUCUAACUAUAGUUAUCCUUCUGCUUUCACUGGAGAGUAACACUGCUCUCAUCUGCUGUUUCCAUGAGGCCUGUGUAUCUUUUACAAGUGUCUCAACAGCAAUCAACGUUUUUGCUAUCACUUUGGACAGAUAUGACAUCUCUGUAAAGCCUGCAAACCGAAUUCUGACAAUGGGCAGAGCUGUAAUGCUAAUGAUAUCCAUUUGGAUUUUUUCAUUUUUCUCUUUCCUGAUUCCCUUUAUUGAGGUAAAUUUUUUCAGCCUUCAAAGUGGAAAUACAUGGGAAAACAAGACACUUUUGUGUGUCAGUACGAAUGAAUACUACACUGAACUGGGAAUGUAUUAUCACCUGCUAGUACAGAUCCCAAUAUUCUUUUUCACUGUCAUAGUAAUGUUAAUCACAUACACCAAAAUACUUCAGGCUCUCAAUAUUCGAAUAGGCACAAGAUUCUCAACAGGGCAGAAGAAGAAAGCAAGAAAGAAAAAGACGAUUUCUCUAACCACACAACAUGAGACUACAGACAUGUCACAAAGCAGUGGUGGGAGAAAUGUAGUCUUUGGUGUUAGAACUUCAGUCUCUGUAAUAAUUGCCCUCCGGCGAGCUAUGAAACGACAUCGUGAACGACGAGAAAGGCAAAAGAGAGUCUUCAAAAUGUCUUUAUUGAUUAUUUCUACAUUUCUUCUCUGCUGGACACCAAUUUCUGUUUUAAAUACCACUAUUUUAUGUUUAGGCCCAAGUGACCUUUUAGUAAAAUUAAGGUUGUGUUUUCUAGUCAUGGGUUAUGGAACAACUAUAUUUCAUCCUCUAUUAUAUGCAUUUACUAGACAAAAAUUUCAAAAGGUCUUGAAAAGUAAAAUGAAAAAGCGAGUUGUUUCCAUAGUAGAAGCUGAUCCCAUGCCUAAUAAUGCUGUAAUACACAAUUCUUGGAUAGAUCCUAAAAGAAACAAAAAAAUUACCUUUGAAGAUAGUGAAAUAAGAGAAAAAUGUUUAGUACCUCAGGUUGUCACAGACUAGGGAAAAGGCUAAGUUUCACCAAACCCACAUUCAGAAGUUUUAAAUUUAAAUUGUAAAAAAUUACUGCCAAAUAUAAGAAAAACAUUUUAAGUACUGGUUAUGUUGUAAAUUUUCAAUGUAAAUGUCAAGAUUAGAUUAGGUCAUAUAUAUUCAAUUUCUUCAUUACUUAAUGUAUUUGUUGCAUGGCAGUUUGUUAAGGUAAUAUCAUGUGUAUAUUUUGUCAAUAUUAUGUCCAUCAGAAGAUAUUUAUGUGAGUCAUAUUUUCUAAAGAAUAAAUACAUAGCCUUAAAACACUGUAUAACUUUAAAAUAUAACUGACACAGGUAUCCUUGCUUUUUUUUUUAUAAAGUGUAUUGUUUCUAAGCCACAAACUAUAGAUAUAUUUAUAUGUUAACAACUGGAAUAGCAUUUUAACAUAAAAACCAAAAUUAUGGGCUCCAAGCAACCAAAAUGACCCAGGAUUUUCUAUACCACUAUAUUAUGUUUUCUAGCAUAGUCUACUUGCUAUAAUAUUUGAUGCAUCAAAAAUAAUGAACUAUAUAUGAAACUUUAUCUUUUUGGAAUGUAGGAAAUUGUAGGAUUUAUCAGGAUUUUAAAAUUCAA